AUGAUCAUCUCGGUCCGUUUCCUAACCGUCCAAAUUUACCGUCUGCAUCGCUGCAUGGCCGAAAAUUACCAAAAACUUCUCUUCUUAACCCUCACCCUAACCGGAAUCACCGCAACCGUCCACUGGCUGCUGCUCAACCAUCCGACCUUCUUCAACCAGUUGCAAACAAACCUCCACAACUACCCCCUCGGAGUGAUCUUCGGAGUGACCACGGUCGCUCUGAUCUCCUGUCUGCUCCUGUACGCCCUCCACCGAGAAUCCGCCCAAAAGACGCUCAUCCGAAGUCGGUCCGCCAUCCGGCUUAAGUACAUCGACUUCAUCCUACUCUGUCUCAGCACCGGGUUGAGGGAGGCCACCGAGCGGCACCUUCGGCCGGCCAGCGUUGAGCAGCUGGACUCGUUCCAUACCGCGGUGGAGGCUUGCAUCGAUCGGUUUCGGGAGGAUGCACGACGGCUCUUUCACGGGUUCGGGUGUUCCAGGACCGCGACGCUGCAGCAGCUGGAGGAACACUUUCGGAUUGAUCAGCGGAGACCUGGUGGAGAGGGGUUGGUGGUUGGAGAGGAAAUUCUCAAGUUGAAAAGAACAUCAAAAUCGUUACUGAGUGAAAAGGCUUUGAAGAACUUGCUCACGAAAUGA